AUGCUAGCCAAAAAGCGCGACCUCAAAAACUGGAUACAGCGCGCGUCCUCAGAACCGCACCAGGAUCCUUACGACUCGGACGACGACCUCGCUCCUGCAAAGAUGAGCGUCUCGGGCGACGAUGAACUCGGUCACAUCGACCCUCUCGUCGACUGGUCUGCAUUCGCACAGGCUGCUCAGCUCCAUCUCAACUCUACCAGCACUCGUCAGCGCAUCCAAUUCCUGCAACGGCAUGCUGCCAAAGCGGCUGAGCUUCAAGAGCUCCAGCCUGUACAGAGAGCAGAGCUUCUCACCAUCCUACUCCGAACCUACUCUAAAUACGUUGACCGCGAAUCCCGACUCGCUUCUCUAAGCGUCUUUUCCAAGCUCAUCUCUGUAGACCAAGCGACAGCUCCAUCAGACUCGGACCCGCCCGUUGCCAAACAUGCCCUCGCGUGGCUCAAGAGGGAGGCAGACCGCAUCUGCAAACCUUCGGCCACUGGUUCCUCCACCACUUCGCUUCCCACCAUCACAGCGCUUCAUGCCUACGUCUGCGCCCUCUACUCGACACUGUGCGCUCAAGAGCCCAAAUCGCAACCAUCGUCCACAUGGGAACCGCUCGUGCAUCUCCUUGCAACCACCUACGAUGCUCUCCUUGCCGACUCAACGGGUCGCGACAGUGUCCGGAAGAACGCCAUCACGCUCACUCGCCGCACCUUGCGCAACGCACACGCGUUCCUCCCUCAGCUCAUCCACACACUGUGUGCUGCUGCUACUCCAGCGACUGCCCUGCGCUCCGCGGCACUCCUUGGCGAGGCGGUGGGAGUCUGCGUCAGGCUGCGUGCAGGAUCCGAACAGGUCAAAGGUGCGCCAGACGGUGUUGGUCGUGGUUACGUCCAUCAAGCCAAGAAAGAGAUUCUCGCCUUCUACAGCACUCAUCUUGUAGCUUCCAAGACACCUGUUUCUCCACACUCGCUGCGUGCUUUCGACGACUUCAUUGCAGAGCAAGUCUCGGAGCAGGACUUGACUUCCACAUUGCGACCGCAGCUCGAAAAGAUGCUCCUUCGUUCGCCCGAGGUGGCCCUCCCUAUUGCGACAAGGCUCUUCACCGUUGUCAACGUCGAUGUUGCCCCGCAUGCCAAGACCUUACUCACCCCUGUCAUCUCCGCCUCUCGAUCAUCCAAUGCUGCUACCAGGACCAAAGCCGCCGACUUUUUCUCCGCUCUUUCCACCCGCAUUCGCGACGACGAUGCUGCCAAAGCUACCGUUGUCGACGAGCUCCUCGCCAUCCUCAAGGGUGGAAAGGCAGCUACUCCAGAGGCCAGAACAUCCAUCUAUCUCAUGCUCUCCUCUCUUGCGCCCGGGCAAGCCUCAAAGAGCUCCGCCGUCGUCGAACUCGUCGCCUCGCUCCUCGCAAAGGAGGCCCAGGAGGCUUCCAUGCAUGCUGCCGUCUCUUGCAUCGCCCACCACCUUCAAUGGCUGCUCGCUCACGCCGACACUGCGCCGGCUGCAUCGGUCUCCACAGCCCUCGCCAAGGAGAUGCAAAACUCCAAGGUGCCUAUUAGGAAAGCCGUCUGCUUGGCUGUCGGCGAUCUCUUCUGGUCCAUGGCAGACACACAGGCAGCCACAUCCGCCACUCGUGCCUUUGCAGAGUCGCUCCUCCCCGGCUUUGAGGCGAAUCUCAAGAAUGCUUCCACCAAUCCGCUCACCGCGCCUGGUGGCCCCCUCGAAGGCUACAUCGCCGCUGCAGUUCUAGAAGGCCGACUUGCUACUCUCGGCUCCGACAAGAUCGACGCUGUCAUGCGCCAAAACGCCGCCUUGGAGUCCAUCCUCGUGGUCAACCCCAAGCCAUCCUUCCUCCUCGCCGACAAGGUCUUCCGCAAAAUUGCCGCACCGGAGGAGGAAAUCUGGCUCUCGCGUGCCUUGCAAGCUAUCAUCGCUCGCCGCGCCAACACCUUGGCUACCGACAAGGCUGUACAGAUUCAGGUUGCCCUGGCGCUCAUCCACGUCCUCUUCCACGCUACAGGGCGCGACUCGAAGCGCUCGGUGCUUGCCUUGGUCCAGCAACUUGCUCAAGUCCAGCCUCUCCUCACCCAUGACAUCAUCACGUCCGGCAUCUCCGCCUUCAUCCAACAGCCUCAAGUGACUGCCACUUCAUCUGCCGCCGCUUCGGCUUCAAAGCCCAACGGUGCUUCCACAUCGGCAACCUCCAGUGCUGCCAGUGCUACUGCGGCGGCCGCCUCUGCGGAUUCUGAAGAUGCAAAACCCUCUGCCGAGACUCGUGCACGCGAUCUGCGCCGUCUCUUGUCCUCUGCGUCCACCUUCUCCGAAGACCUCGAUCGCGAAGCCAGGCAAAAAGCUCUCAUCGAUACGCUCGUCCUCUCCCAUCACGCUGAUCUGCUCGACCGCGGCACCUCCUGCUUCAUGGACCUUACCUUCAAGGCCAAGAUCCUUCCCAUCGACUUGAUCACCUCGAAGCAACAGGACCUCAUCUCGGUUGUGCGCGCUGCCAUCGACGAUGCAAGCAUGCGCGAAGCAGGCUUUGCCGCCCUCACCACGCUCGUGCGCUUGGCACCCGACUCUGUCAUGGCUGAGCUCGUCUCGCAAAUCGAGACGGAUGCUCCGUUUGACGAUCUUCGGGCGCUCACACACGACGAUCUUGGCAUGUGGCGUACGGAGCCAGGCACAUUGUACGUCGACGUUCUCUCGAACAACAAGGAAGAUGCGAUCGACAAGAACAACAAGAAUGCAAAGAUGGAGCAGUGGGAGGCAGAGCUCCGUGCCGACCUCGCCAAGAAGAAGGCGGCACAGAACAAGACGCUCACCAAGGAGCAGAAGGCGGCCGUCGACACUCAGUCCAAGAUCGAGGCGCAGGCACGCGCCAAGGUCGACGAAAUCCGUCCCAGAUACGUGCGUUUGCUUCGCUUCGUCUCCAGUAUCGUUGGCGCGCGCACCGAGGAGAUCGAAGGCUACAUGCAGACGCUCGUCGGCUUUGUCCUCGAGACGUUCGAGAUCUCUCAGGCCCGCUUUCUCUUCGAAAAGGAGGCCAAAGAUGCCUUCUGGGCCCUCUCCAGCUGUUGCUCCAUCCGCUUGGAGGCGUAUGCCAUGUUUGUCGGCGUCGCCUUGCUGCGAUCUAUCGACGAGCAGCUCGUCCAGGAGGAUUUCAGAGCCGAGCCCAUCAACGAGCUCGUCCUUCGAAUUCUCUACCGCCUGCGCUCCUUGUCCGAACAAUCGCCUCUGGAUGCUGGCACCGUCGCAUUCAUCGACCCACUCAUAGUGCGCAUCGUACGUGCCGGCGGCUUCGGCGUUGAUCCUGAGGACACCGAUUCGGUGCUCGAGCAGAUCCAGCUCUCGCUCGAUUUUAUCGACUUCCAUGGCUCCGCUUGCGAGGACAUGCGCUAUCCUCGCGCGUCCUUCAUAGACAGCCUUGUCACCAUCGUCGCCAAGCACACCCAGAUCUCCAAGGAUGCCGUCUCGGCGCUGCGUGACAUUGGUGAAGCGCUCAGAACGACGGCGCUCCCCGCCGAGAUCCAAAAGCUGCUCUCCAACACCAUGGUCGACGAAGUCUACGUCCGCAAUGGCUGUCUUCAGGCAAUUCAGCCGCUCGACCUCACCGACCUCGACUUCCCUGUUGAGCUCUGGCUUGCCUGCCAUGACGAGGACGAGGAAAACGCACGACUCGCCGAAAAGGCGUGGGAGGAGAACGGUCUCGAUGUGCCCGAGUCCUUUGCCGAUCCGCUCAUCGCACUACUUGAGCACAAGAACAUCUACGCCCGCGACAGCUCGGCUCGAGCGCUGGCUGCUGCCACCGAACAGCACCCAGAGCAGGUAACCACUGUUGUCACUAAGCUUUGCCAGCUGUACAAGAAAAGGAACAAGGUGCUCGCGCCCGAGUACGACCGUUUCGGCAUGGUGAUCGAGUCGACCAAGAAUCGACAGGAUCCUUGGCAGACGCGAGCAGCUGUUGCUGUUGCACUUCGUCACCAAGCACCUUACCUCCAAGGUUCCGACGUGCCGUCCUUCUUCGAGUUCAUGAUCGACGACCAAGCGCUCGGAGACCGCAGCGAGGAGGUGCGUCCUAAGAUGCUCGAGGCUGCCACCACCGUAAUCGACCUUCACGGCAAGGAGCAUCUCUCCAAGCUGAUCGCCAUGUUUGAAGCCUUCUUCAGCAACUCAGCAGGAUCCACCGCCGACGACGGCAUCACCGAGGCUGUUGUCAUUCUGCUUGGUCGAGAAGCUCGCCAUCUCGACCCCAAGGAUCCCCGCGUUAGCAAGGUAGUCGACCGUCUCGUCGAUGCCCUCAAGACGCCCUCGGAGCUCGUGCAGUCUGCGGUUGCUGACUGUCUGCCGCCGCUGGUGCGUGCCAUCAGCAAAGACGUGCCGCGCCUGUUUCAGUCGCUUUUCCGCGAGCUGCUCGAUGGCGCCAAGUAUGCAGGCCGACGUGGGGCAGCGUACGGACUGGCCGGUCUGGUGAUGGGCCGAGGUAUCGGCAGCAUCAAAGAAUUUGACGUCAUGAACAAGCUCGCCGAAGCUUUCGAAGAUGCCAAGAGCCCAACGCGCCGACAGGGUGUCAUGUUUGCGUACGAGACGUUGACCCUGACGCUCAAGAGGCUGUUUGAGCCGUACAUCAUCGGAAUCUUACCACAGAUGCUUGCUGGGUUCGGUGAUGUCUCGAGCGACGUGCGUGAGGCGACGCAGGAUGCGGCCAAGGCCAUUAUGCAAAACGUGUCUGGCCAUUGCGUCAAAAUCAUUCUCCCCACGCUGCUCUCCGGUCUGGACGAGAAGCAAUGGAGGACCAAGAAGGGUGCAAUCGAGCUGCUAGGUGCCAUGGCCUACUGUGCACCCAAGCAGCUCUCGCUCUCGCUGCCGACCGUCAUCCCGCGAUUGAGCGAGGUUCUGACCGACUCGCACACUCAGGUACGCACCGCAGCCAACAAGAGUCUCAAGCAAUUCGGCGAGGUCAUCAACAACCCCGAGAUCAAGCAGCUUGUCCCCGUCCUGCUCAAGGCGCUCAUCGAUCCGAACACCAAGACAGGCGCAGCGCUCAAGGGCGUGCUCGAGACGAGCUUCGUCCACUACAUCGACUCACCAUCUCUUGCGCUCGUCAUCCCCAUCAUCGACCGUGGUCUCAAGGAGCGCAGUGCCACCAUCCAAAAGGAUGCUGCCCGUAUUGUUGGCAAUCUGGCUGGACUUACCGACUCCAAGGACUUUGUGCCGUACCUGGGUAAGCUCAUCCCGAUGGUGCGCUUGGUGCUUAUCUCGCCCGUACCCGAAGCGCGUGCCGUGGCUGCCAAGGCGCUCGGAACGCUCGUCGAGCGUCUCGGAGAAGUGCACUUUGUCGACCUGAUCCCCUCGCUCUUGGGCGUGCUGCGCUCGGAUGCAACCGGAGUUGAUCGCCAGGGUGCCGCGCAGGGUCUCGCCGAAGUGCUGGCAGGUCUCGGCAUGGAGCGCAUGGAGAACCUACUUCCCGAAAUCAUUAACAGCGCCUCGGAUCCCAAGCCUUAUGUUCGAGAAGGUCACAUUUCGCUGCUCAUCUAUCUGCCCGCCACGUUUGGCCAUCGCUUUGCGCCUCACUUGGGUCGCAUCAUUCCUCCCAUCCUCAGCGGUAUCGCCGACGAAGCCGAAACGGUGCGCGAGGCGUCAAUGCGUGCUGGUCGCAUGAUCAUCGCCAAUUACUCGUCCAAGGCGGUGGACCUGCUCCUGCCCCAUCUCGAGACGGGACUCUUCGACGAGGCGUGGCGAAUCCGAAUGUCAUCGUUGCAGCUUACCGCCGAUCUGCUCUUCCGACUUUCGGGCAUCUCGGGCAAGAACGAGGUGGAGGACGAAGGCGUCGACGAGAAUAUGGAGCAGUCGGCGGCCAACAACUCGGUGCAGCGUGCGCUCGUGGAAGCGCUCGGUCAAGAGAGGCGCGACCGCAUCCUCGCUUCGAUCUACAUUGUGCGACAGGACCCCAACAUCCCCGUGCGCCAAGCGGCAAUCCACACGUGGAAAGCGUUGGUGCACAACACGCCGCGCACGGCUCGAGAGGUGCUGCCGACGAUGCUCGACAUCCUUAUCAAGUCACUCGCUUCGAAUGGCGACGAGAACCGAGAGAUGGCGGCCAGGACGUUGGGCGAGCUGGUCAAGAAGCUUGGCGAAAAGAUCUUGCGCGAAACCAUCCCUAUCCUGCGCAUGCGCGGCGCCUCGUCGGAAGACCCCAAGACUCGAUCCGGUGUCUGCUAUGCUGUCACCGAGGUGUUGGCCAACUCGACCAAGACGCAGCUCGAGGACCACGAGGAUGCCAUCAUCGCUGUGGUGCGACAUGCGCUCGUGGACGAAUCGCAGGUAGUGCGACAUGCUGCCGCUCAGGCCUUCGAUGCUACGCAAACCUACAUUGGCCCUCGUGCCAUCGACGAGACCAUUCCGACGCUGCUCGAAGCGCUCUCAGAUACGAGCGGAGGCACUUCCGAGACUGCGCUGGCUGCACUGCGUGAGGUUAUGCGUGCUCGUGCGGACGUGGUAUUCCCUGUGCUGGUGCCGACGCUGAUUGCACAGCCUAUAACUUCAUUCAACGCACGUGCGCUCGCGGUGCUGGUGCGUGUCGCCGGCUCUGCGCUCAACCGGCGCUUGUCCAACAUCCUCACGGCGCUCUCCAAGGCGCUCGACACGGAGAAGGACGAGACGAUCCUUGCCGACUUGCACACCGCCGUCGAGGCUCUGCUUGGCUCGGUGUCGGACGUCGACGGACUGCACCAAACCAUGCUUCUGCUGCUCGGAUGGGCCGGAUCCAACACGUCGCCGCAGCAGCGUGUGGCGGGCUGCAAGUUCUUCAAGGUGUUCUGCCAAGUCAAGAAGGCGUCGGUGGAUGUGUCGGAUUACCUGGUCGACUGGCUGCGCAAGCUUGUUUCGCUGCUUGAUGAUCCGGUGCCGGCUGUGGUGGAUGCCGCAUGGGAGGCUCUGGAUGCCAGCCUCAAGACGGUGAGCAAGGACGAGCUGGAGGGACUGGUAGUGCCCCUUAGACGCAGCCUGGAGAACACCGGCGCCGCCGAUCGCGAGCUGGCGGGUCUGUGUCGACCAAGGGGCGCUUCGCCGCUUGUGCCGGUGUUCCUUGCCGGUCUCAUGAACGGCACUCCGGACCAGAGGCAGAACGGUGCUCUGGGUCUGUCGGACAUUGUGGAGCGUACGUCCGCGGAGGCGAUCAAGCCGUUUGUCACGUCAAUGAUCGGUCCUCUGAUCCGACUGUGUGGCGACCGUCACCCUCCACCGGUCAAGGCUGCCAUCCUGACGAGUCUGGAUACGAUGGUGCGACGCAUACCGGCGCUGGUGCGACCGUUCUACCCGCAGCUGCAGCGAUCAUACCAGAAGGCCGUGUCGGACGCUUCGAGCGCCACGGUGCGCACCAAGGCUGGUGUGGCGCUCGGCAACCUGAUGGGUCUGCAGACGCGUGUCGACCCGGUCAUCGUGGAGCUGGUGCAAGGCGCACGUGCUGGUCUGGGCGAGAGCAGUGGUGCUAACGCAGCUGCUUCUGCAGGUCUGGCGGGAGCCGCAGCCGGUGGUGCGACCGACCCAGCUGACUUGGCCGACUCAUUUGCACUUGCGCUCUCGCACGUCCUCUCGAACGCGCCCGCCAAGAACGUGGGCCAAGCGAGCCGGGACCAGGUGCUGGCGCUGAUCGAUGCCACGUUUGCCUCGCCUGUUCAGAUCAGGGAUGCCUUCCGACAGGGCAUGGCCGAGGUGAUCGGAUCGCUGAUCAAGCUGGACACGAGCAUGGCCGCGAGCGUGCUGAAGAAGCACGUGGUAGGCGGCGGUGGAUCGGCGGAUGUGGCGCUGCAGUCUCAGAGUGUUUUAGCGAGUCUGGAGAAGGACGCGGUGGCAUUGCACGAGCUCGGCUUUGCGGAUGAGCUGGUCAAGGCGGUCAUGUCAUGGAUCAGCCAAGGCUCGGCAAUCUCGCGUCCUGCCAAGGAGUCGCGGGAGCUCAUCCGUGAUUCGGAUGCGUGGAAGGUGGAAGCAAAAGCGGCGGAUUGGAUCUAG